AAGUGACCCAAUAGAAAUGAGAGAAGGGGGAAAUGUUGAACAGUGGGGUGUUUAUGAAGUUUGGUGCCACGUAGUUACCCUAAACACCACUAUAGUACUGUAUUUACUUCAUUCAUUUAAUUUAAGGGACUCUUUCGCAAACAGUUGUGAGUACGCUUUCUAAGUGACAAAAUGAUGUGUUUUUCUAUUUGUUCGAUGUUAUCGUUUGCAACAAUGCUAACCCAUGGAGCCAAGCUGCCUGACCCUGAAGUGAAAAUAGAAGUUCUGCAUAAACCUCUCAUGUGUUACCGCAAGACAAAAUAUGGAGACAUGCUUCUUGUCCAUUAUGAGGGAUACCUGGAGAGCAAUGGCACCAUGUUUCACUCCAGCCGCACGGAAGGGGAUAAAAACCCAAUGUGGUUUACCUUGGGGAUCCGAGAGGCUCUCAAGGGCUGGGAUAAGGGUUUGAAGAACAUGUGCACAGGAGAGCGGCGUAAACUGACCAUCCCUCCAGCUCUUGCCUAUGGAAAGGAAGGGAAAGGCAAGAUCCCUCCGAGCAGCACCCUCGUAUUUGACAUCGAGCUCAUCGAUAUCCGCAAUGGGCCACGAUCGCACGAUUCCUUCCGGGAGAUGGAUCUCAACGAUGACUGGAAGCUCUCCAGACAGGAGGUGAAGGCGUACCUGAAGAAGGAGUUUGAGAAGCACGGUUACUCACCGAACGACACGCACCACGAAGUGAUGGUAGAGGACAUCUUCAAAAAUGAGGACGAGGACAGAGACGGUUUCAUCUCCACCAGAGAAUUCACUUAUCAACACGACGAACUGUAAAUGACGCAAAUGCAGGCAGAAUAAGUUGCAUGUAUUUUCAUUUUACCUCUUGAUUUAACUUGAAAGCUUUACGUUGGUUUUAGUGAAAUGUAUUCAUGUGCACGUUCAACAUGCACUGAAAAUGUCAUGACAGAUGUAUUUAAAAUGGAAUUUUACUUGUUUUCCCUUUUGGAAUGUAAAAAAAAUAUAUUUCAAA